UCUGGGCAGCCGUCCGAGCCAGGAGGCGAGCAUCCAAUGAGCAUAUUCUUUAAAAAGUAUUAUGGCCCUUUUGUUACAAAUAAAUGGAUCAAGCUGCUCAUGGUGUUGCUGUAUGGAGCGUAUUUGGGUGGCAGCAUUUAUGGGUGUACUCAGAUCAGGGAAGGCAUCGAUCUCCGAAAUCUGGCAAAUGAUGACUCCUACGUUAUUGCGUACUAUGAUGAUGAUGAGAAAUACUUCUCCACAUAUGGACCCAGGGUCAUGGUUGUCAUUACUGAGAGUGUAGAUUACUGGAAUGACUCCGUGCGUCUUGGCAUUGAGAGCUGUGUACAGAAUUUAGAGAACAUUUCCUAUGUAGAUAGGAACCUCUCAGAGUCAUGGCUGAGAGUAUACACAGAACUUGCCAAAGGAGGUUUGGUAAGUAUAAACAGUAAAACUGACUUCUUAAGCAACUUAAAUAUACUGUUCAAGAUUCUUCCCAGUUCUGAGUGGGACAUAAACAUGACUCAGGAUGGAAUAGAAGCUUCACGUUUCUUCAUCCAGACAGUGAACGUGACAUCAGCUGUGGAUGAGAAGAAUCUCCUCAAUCAGUUAAGAGAGGCAGCCAAGCAGUGCAGCAUUCCACUGCAGGUGUAUCACCCAGCCUUCAUCUACUACGACCAGUACCUGGUCAUAGUGCAGAACACGGUUCAGAACAUUGUCAUUGCUGCCGGGGCGAUGCUCGUUGUCUCCCUUCUGCUCAUUCCCAACCCGUUGUGCUGCUUGUGGGUGACUUUUGCCAUAGCCUCUGUUAUAGUUGGCGUUGCUGGUUUCAUGACUUUCUGGAGCGUCAAUCUCGAUUCCAUAUCCAUGAUCAACCUGGUCAUUUGCAUUGGGUUUUCAGUAGAUUUUUCUGCUCAUAUUUCCUAUGCCUUUGUUACGAGUGGAGAGUCAUCAGCCAAUAAAAGGGCAACUGAAGCUCUGUCCCUGCUGGGUUACCCAGUACUACAAGGUGCAGUUUCUACGAUACUAGGAGUAGUUGUCCUGGCUGCAGCAAAUACCUACAUCUUCAGGACAUUCUUCAAGAUCAUGUUCCUUGUUAUUUUGUUUGGGGCUCUUCAUGGACUUGUUUUUAUUCCAGUGUUUUUAACAUUUUUUGGAAAC